UCUGCAGCAGGAUGGAGGGGUGGUGGAUCUACCAGGCUUAAGAAGCAACCUGCUACCAGGCCAUAAGGCAGCUUUGGGCUUUACAGGCACGAAACUGGUUAGUUGUCAUCGGGUCAGUGAGGGAGCAGAUUUCUGAUGUCUUUCUGUGGUGGUAGUGGUUCGAUUGAGCGUCACAUUUGCUGAUUUUUUUAAAGAGCCAGCCGCCAAGGCAGCAGGGAGGGGCCCAGCAGCAGCAGCAGCAGCAGCACAGUGGGUAUCCACCGUCCAGCUCUGCGCUAUCCGGCACAGUGAGUCAGCUGAGCUCGGCGCCGGUCCGCUCCUCUGACUGACUGAAUGAAUGAAUGAACGAGACCCAGCAGGAUUUGGAGAAAGAAAAAGGCGCAAGAUGCAACUCCGGAGAGGCUGACAUGGAAAUGCUGAGGUGAUCGGAGCGAGCUUGUUGACGCAUAAUCCCGCCCGCCCCGCUGGCACUGGGAGGGGGAAAAUCUCGCCUGCCUAAACUCCAAUCCUCCAGAACAGAUUUACGGAGUGCGUUACUGCUGCUGCAACCUUUCAGAAGACAUUCAUUCAUUUCUGGCCAGCUCUGCAGGUUCUUUAUGGUGGUUUUGGGGUGUAUUUUAACGUUUUUUUUCCCCCCGGGGAGAUCCAUGACUUAUCUGAAGCAAAGGACCUAAUAAUAAUUCGGGUAUUGAACCCACUGUUGGAAUCGACACUGUCACCGCAUCGCGUCGCUUGUUGGAUGAGGUGUGGACAGGAUCUGCCCGUGCAUCAUCAUCAUCAUCAUCACAGGUAUUUUUGAUCGCGUUUUUGUGUUGAUUACACCGGAGAUCUGGAGCCAUGACAGGCCCCCCGCUGGUCCCACAGCCCGCCUGCUGACGGUACCGGGCAGGAUGGGAGCAGGUCUGCCGCUUUCUGGAUCCCGAACCAGCCGAUUUAUCAAUGGAGGAGGAGAGUGACACCCGGAAAAUCAACAACAGCUUCCUACGCGACCACAACUAUGCAACCGAAGCUGACAUUAUCUCAACGGUGGAGUUUAACUCAUCGGGGGAGCUGUUGGCUACCGGGGAUAAAGGAGGCAGAGUGGUUGUCUUCCAGAGGGAACAGGAGAGUAAGAGCCAGCCCCAACGCAGAGGGGAGUACAAUGUUUACAGCACAUUCCAGAGCCACGAACCCGAGUUUGACUACCUGAAGAGUUUGGAGAUUGAGGAGAAGAUCAACAAGAUCAAAUGGCUUCCUCAGCAGAACGCAGCAUACUUCCUGCUCUCCACCAACGACAAGACAGUGAAGCUGUGGAAGAUCAGUGAGAGGGACAAGCGUCCGGAGGGCUACAACCUGAAGGAUGAGGACGGACGGAUCCGGGACCCAUCGACCAUCACCUCGCUACGGGUGCCGGUGCUGCAGCCUAUGGACUUGAUGGUUGAGGCGACAGCCAGACGUGUGUUCAGCAACGCCCAUACCUACCACAUCAACUCCAUCUCUGUCAACUCCGACCUCCAGACCUUCAUCUCCACUGAUGACCUCCGGGUGAACCUGUGGAACCUGGAGAUCACAGACCGCAGCUUCAACAUUGUGGACAUCAAGCCAGCCAACAUGGAGGAGCUGACGGAAGUAAUCACCUCAGCAGAGUUUCAUCCCCAGCAGUGUCACACCUUUGCCUACAGUAGCAGCAAGGGCUCGAUACGCCUCUGUGACAUGAGACAGGCUGCGCUCUGUGACAAGCAUUGCAAAUACUUUGAGGAGCCGGAAGAUCCAUCCACUCGCUCGUUUUUCUCUGAAAUCAUCUCAUCCAUUUCUGACGUGAAGUUCAGCCACAACGGACGCUACCUGAUGACAAGGGACUACCUCACUGUCAAGGUGUGGGACCUUCAAAUGGAGAACAAACCACUUGAGACAUACCAGGUUCAUGACUAUUUACGGGGCAAACUUUGUUCUCUAUAUGAGAACGACUGCAUCUUUGACAAGUUUGAGUGUGUCUGGAACGGAUCAGACAGCGUCAUAAUGACCGGCUCCUACAACAACUUCUUCAGAAUGUUUGACCGGAACACCAAACGAGACGUCACACUGGAAGCGUCCAGAGAAAACAGCAAACCCAGAGCUAUUCUGAAGCCUCGCAAGGUGUGUGUAGGUGGCAAACGGCGUAAAGAUGAGAUCAGCGUCGACAGCCUCGACUUCAGCAAGAAGAUCCUACACACUACUUGGCACCCACAUGAGAACAUCAUCGCUGUGGCGGCCACCAACAACCUCUACAUCUUCCAAGACAAGGUCAACUAAAGCGCCGUCUGCCCCUGCCGACCCCCGACCCCCCACUCAUGAGGGGCUGCUGUCCUUAAUUCCCCCACUCUGCUGAGGAGGCGCAGAGUCGAGUAUCCAGUGACUAAAGCGGGAAAGGGGACAGCACGAAUUAUGGGAAGCGCAAAACGGAUAUAACCUAAGGAAAAAGGCUCCUGGAAAUCAAGAAUGGACUUUCAUUCUUACAAUUUGACUUCUAAUUUAUUUAGCCACGCGGACACCUGACGAAGCGAAUCCUGUGCAUUUAUGCAACAAGGGGAUUGCUGCAUGAAUAUUAUGAUGUAGCAGCCCUCUGGACCCUGAAGAAAAGGGCGGGUGCGGGUACACUGAACAGAAAAUAGAGCACACAGACAGAAACCAAGCUUACAUGAUGGUGGCUCGUUGUCAUGUAGCAACAGUGCCCCCUCUCUUUCAAUCCGCUCAUGCUACAGUGCAUGUGAUCAACCCUGAAGCCUCCGACUGAGGUGGAGUUUUGGACAAUGCAACCUACCGCAGAAGAGGAUGAGACUGUUAAUCUUUGACCCCAGAAACUGAGAGUUUCCUCUGUCUGUGACACAACAGUCUUUCUAGUAUCAAUUUUGUGUCUCCCUGGUGAGACUGCUGUAGUCUGUAAUGUGAAUGAAGCCCUUCCAGGCUGUGUUUAUUUAAUGCUGUUGUUUUGUUGAGUCCUUCUCUCGGUCAAUGAGUCUGUUUAGAAGCUGUGGUGCCUUCUUUUGGUAUGUGGGGGAUUCGAUGUAGUGGAGGGGAGGGAGGGGAGGGGACUGAAUUCAAGGCGGGAGUGUGAAUGUUUCCAAUGAAAUGUUAACUUAGGAAUUUUUCUUUUCUUUCUUUUUUUUCAUUCUUCAUAAACAAAAACAACAACAAAAAAAUACAGACACAAUGCAGGUUCCACAUGGAAAAAGUGCUUGAAGCAGUGUAGUCCAGAGUACUUUAUAGCACCAGUUACAUGCUUGCUGGCUCAGGAAGGGACGCUGUGAUAUGUACAAAGUUAAUUGUUGCUCUCAUUGGGUUCUGUCUGAUGUCAUCAGUUUGCAAGAGACACGACGAAGCCACAUUCAUUUUUUUCCUUGCAAAAUUCUUUGAAAAAAAUAAAACUCCUUGCCACAUGUUCACCUUAUUUGGAUAGUCCUGAAAAUGAUCUGUAGAUGGAAGAACUUGAACCUAAACUUGAGAUUUACUUGGCAUAACAACGCUAGCAUAGCUCCUUUUGCAUGCCUUGGAUCUGAUUCUGGUGAAAACUGACAGCCUGCAUUUAGUUAUUUGAACAUCUACAGAUCAUCCGAGGCGCUAUGCAGUUAUGUUUUUUUCCCAGAAGUAGCCAGUUUAAAAAGAUUUUUAUUUUAUAUUGUUACAGCAUCUGUCCAUGUUUCCUCUCUCGCUGAAGAAGGGUAACGUGGAGCAGUAGCAGGUUGUCUUUCAGCCUUCGACUCCGAUUAGUUCGGAGGUCGUCGCUUGUCUCAGAUUAGAGCCAACUCCCAAAAAGCAAAGCAGUCAAAGGUCUAACUGAACUCUGUGAAAUCAGGGAAUAAUUAAGUGUGAUUCCUUUAAACAGUAAUGUCUUCUAAACAACCUCCUUUGUGACACUUCUAAUUGAAAGGGAAAAAAAAAACUUUUAUAGCUCAGAAUGUAUUGAAAUGCAAUGAAAUACCAUGCAGUCUUUAUGCUUACUGGACUUUCUUUGAAUAAAAAAGAAUAAAGAUGUGCAAGUUCAA